AACCGACACAGGGGGCCUGCAGCACAGCAGGUACACCGUGAAGUCGAGUGUGAGCGUGUAUAUAUAUAUAGCCGGCCAUAAUUAUGGUGUAGUAUGCUAUGUAGAAAGCAGCAACUUCAGCAAAGAAUAUAGUCAUCCCACCACCUACAGAUUAAUUUAAAGUGUGAUGACUGAGGAUCAUAGCACAUCUUCUCCACUGCUUUCCUGUGGAGCCAAGCUGCGAGAUCGCUGGGAAGUUCUCAAGAAGAUUGGAGGAGGAGGUUUCGGUGAGAUCUACAAGGGCAGGGAUAACUCUACAGGACAGGUAUGUGCUUUGAAAGUGGAGUCAUGCACCAGUUCCAAACAAGUGCUCAAAAUGGAGGUGGCAGUUCUCAAACGCUUGCAAGGAACAACCUGUCACGUCUGCGACUUUAUUGGCUGCGGUAGGAACGAUGUGGUCAACUAUGUUGUCAUGACACUGUUGGGUCCCAGUUUGUCAGAGCUAAGAAAGAAACAACCGAACCAGCACUUCACACUCUCAACUACCCUUAGACUUGGAGUACAGAUUAUUGAUGCAAUAAAAGCUAUCCACAACUGCGGCUUUCUUCACAGAGACAUCAAACCAUCAAAUUUUGCAAUAGGAGCUACUCCAAGCACAAGCAGAACCUGUGUAAUGCUUGAUUUUGGUCUUUCUAGACAGUACACCACACUAACAGGGGAGGUCAGACAACCUAGACCCAUCGCUGGAUUCAGAGGUACCGUUCGUUAUGCAUCAGUGAACGCCCAUCAAUCCAAAGACCUUGGUCGACAUGACGAUUUGUGGUCAGUGUUUUAUAUGCUUGUAGAGCUGGCGGUGGGGCAACUGCCAUGGAGGAAGAUUCGAAACAAGGAGGAGGCCGGUGAAUUUAAAGCUAAUUUCGAUCAUUUGCAACUCAUAAAAGGAAUGCCAGUUGAGUUUGAGACAUAUUUGGAGCACUUAAACUCUCUGUCAUACUACGACAAGCCUGACUACCUGAUAAUUCAAAACCUGCUAAAGUCACCUAUGAAGCAUCUUGGUGUACACAUCAAUGACCCAUUUGACUGGGAACAAGAUUACAGCGCUCCUUCCAUCACCAGUGCUAGUGUGGCCUCUCCUCCAGCCAUUCAGACACAGACUGGAGAUAGAGUAGUUGAGAAGAAAGCUAACUCAAAGACGAACUGCUCCGAAGUGGAAGAACUUGAUGUGAACAAUAGCGACAAUAGAAUCAACUAUGCUCCAAAUGUUGACGAACACAGAAUGAACAUACAGCGUGAAACAAUUCAUCACGAGAGUAAAAAAGUUCCUCCUGCUCCUCAAGAUUUAAAUAGAGAAAUAAGCGAAUGUGUGGAUGUUGAGAACAAGUAUCAGAGUGAGGAGGAGAGCUCCUCUCCUGUGAAUGAAGGGAAAUGCUUACAAUCAGCUCCCAGGAACAAUCUCGUCAACAGCAUCAUAAUAGCCGAGAAUUUAAAUGGUGUAUCGCCAAUGAAGAGUUUUCAAACGGACAGUCUAAAUCGAUUCUUUGACCUCGCUCCUCAAAACCUUCCACAACCAAGUGGUUCCAUCUCAAGUCCAAAGACCGAUCCUAUUCACAUUAUCAGCGAUUCACUUGAUGCUGGAGUACAUGUACACCCUGAGAACAGCCCACCAGUUUUGCAAUACAGCACAGAGACUGAGAGUUCUAACAGAGACUCCGUGGAGGAUAGUAUAGAUGCUGUUUUUCACGGUAUAAAUGUACUGAAUAUUAAUGACAAUGAGAAUAGUUCAAGCGAUGGCUCACAUGGGGUGCAGGAGAUUGCUGUGAUUCGUACUUCAAGUAAUCACAACUCCCCUCAGGCAACUAGCACCAGCUCUGCCUCUCCCAAGACACCAAACAAACAAUCUAACAUUCCUACUGGACUUCAAAUAUCGCCGACACCACCAUCUAAUAAAACUGCGACCCCAUCGUUGCACAAAGAGGAGACCAGUGGAACACUUGUCGAUGCUAACACACCCUCUGCGCACACAAUAACAUCUCCGAACUGUCUCCCUCUUCCUCACGCUUCACAAACAACACCCCCUCCUCUAUUUAACCCUCUGCUGCUGGGUACAAGGGUGAGCAUUGCUGAAUCUCAAUUACGAGUUCUCCCUCAACCUCCCGCAAGACCACCCCCCUCCAAUUAUGAGUCUUAUGUGUUAGUACGAAGAAGGAGAUUCAUUAGAACUCAAGGAACAUGAACAUCUCUUUCAUGUUAUUGUUUGUAUAUCAUUAUUGUCACAUUUUAAACGUAUCAUCAACUUUUUAUUGCAUUUUUUAUAAACUGUGAUUUAAUGUCAUGAUAACAAAUUCAUUUAUGAAUGCUAA